AGGGUUUUAAAACUAAUGCCCACAUAUAUUGUUGAAUCACUUCCCCGCGACAGCUCGUUUCAGUGCCAAAGCCGUCAGAGCAAAACCCUAGAAUCUCCAUUCCCCUCUCUCUCUCAGGGUUCGCGCUUGAGAAAUGGCGACAGUGCCGGGGCAGCUUAUAUGGGAGAUCGUGAAGAAGAACAAUUCGUUUUUGGUGAAGGAGUUUGGGAAUGGAACUGCUAGCGUCAAGUUCAGCAAGGAGCCCAACAAUCUCUACAACUUGCAUUCCUUCAAGCACUCAGGGUUGGCAAACAAGAAAACAGUGACUAUUCAACCUAGCAAGGAUCAGUCCGUGCUGCUUGCAACAACAAAGACAAAGAAACAGAACAAGCCCUCUAGAUUGCUUAACAAGUCUCUCAUGAAGAAAGAGUUCCAUCGCAUGGCAAAGGCUGUUUCAAACCAGGUGGCGGAUAACUAUUACAGGCCUGAUCUGAAGAAGGCAGCUCUUGCAAGAUUGAGUGUUGUGCACAGAAGCCUCAAGGUUGCAAAGUCCGGUGCGAAGAAGAGGAAUAGACAGGCUGCUUAGGUUGCGUCGCUUUUUAAUGUCCUUUCCGGGCUCUUGUAUGCGUAAUAGAACACCAAAGCUUUUGCAGUUUCUGUUUCCAUCAAAUUUCGAAUUAGUUGAAGUUAUGGCAUCUUAUGUUUGUGUCCAAGUGAAUGACAGGAAUCCGGUUUGAGAAUUUUGAUGCUCUUGAAUCAUUGAGAAUACAUUAUUUAUCCCUGUUGGGUUGAAGAAGAUUUAUUUAAUUGGCACUUGAUGUCUUCA